UAUGAGUGGAAGUAAUUAUGACUCAACAAUCAAUUAAGAAUUAUCUCAAGAUUAUGAAUAGUAUGACCAGUUAAAAGCGAACUUAAGAGAUAAUAUUUUCUAUGUUGAACCUAUAUAUUAUUAAGAUCAAAUGAGAGAUUUCAAUUAAAGGAAUCCUACUUAUGGAGUGACAGUGGAAUACAAAUUUUUAAGGACAAUCUAAUCAUGUGAUUUUUUGGAAAGCUCCUAAUUGUAAUUUUACAUCAAUCUAUUCAGAAAAGCAUAUAAAGAUGUCAAAGUAAUUAUUAAUUAUUAAAAUAGUUAGCUGCUGCUACAUGUCACUUUUUUGCUGACUUUAUAGUAUCAUUAUAAAAGCCAAUUUAAUUUUAAUAAUAAAACCAGUCAACUAGUAGUUUUUAAAGACAAAAUAUAUAUUAGGAACCUUAAAAUUAAUAAAAAAUAGUGGAUUCUUAAUAUUAAAUAAAACUUAAAGAAGAUUUUUUGGAAUCAAAAGUUCUUGAUAAACCCAUAAUUUAGAAUCCUGAAUAAAAAUUAGCUAAAUCUUCAAUUAUUACAAAAGGAACAAAUAUAUCUAAUGAAACCUAAAAUUCUAUAAUAUCCAAUUAAUAAACAAUAUAAUCGAAUAUUCAAUAAAAUCAAAACUAAAAAUAUACUCAAUCUUAAAUAUAAAUGUAAAAUCCAUUAUAAUAAGAUAUAACAAUUAAUAAACAAAUUUAAUCAGCAAUUUUCCCAAAUAAAUCGAAAGAAGAAGGAAUAAAUCAUGAUUUUGUACAUGAAAAAUCAUCAUAAAUUUCAGAAUAAUAAAGUACAAUUAAUAAUUAAGCAACUCAAUAGGGUUCAAUUAUUAUUAAAACAGAUCAAAAUUUAAAUUAAUAGGAUAUUAAUAUUUAAUCAAUUACAUAAAAGUCCCUCUUGAUACAACCAAAUAAAGAACAAGAAAAAAGUACAAUUAAUGAAGAACAAAAUGCACCAAAAAAUAAUUAAUCAUCAAUAAUUUAAUAAUAAUUUAUUAAUUCAAAUGUCACCACUCCAUUUUAGAAUAUAGAUAUAGAAAAAGAAAGUCAAAAAUCAAAAUUAACUUUAGAUCAAUAAAAAAUUGAAUCUACUCAAGUAGACAAUCAUAAAGAUUAAUCUUAAAUUGAAAAAUCAAACCAAUAAUCCUUAGUUUAAUAGAAAUAAUAAUAAUUUCCUCCCAUCUAGCCAGUAGUUGAACAUAAAUAAGUAUAACCUCCCCCUGAAAAAAAAUAUCAUUUUGAAAUUACUCGCAUGACAAUAGAAAAACCAGUUUAAUAAGAAAAAAUAAAAAAAUCAUAACUUCCUUCCUUAAUAAAAUAAUUGGCUGAAAUGAAUAACUUAACAGAGGAGGAAUUAAAAUAAUAGGAUUAUUGGUAUUUUCCCAUAAAUUAAUUAUAAUCUCAUUGGAUUAGUGUUGUGAUAUAUUUGAAAAAAAAAGUAAUUUAUUACUUUGACUCUUAUUAUAAAAAAAUUGAAUCUGUUAUCAUAUAAGGGAUAAAUUCUAUAUUAGAAUACUUUAAUUUGAACCCAUAAAACUUCUAAAUAAUACCAGUAUAUAAUUAAUAAAUUAAUGGGUAUUAUAUAAUUUUAGUUUAGAUAUGAUUGUGGUGUUUUCAUAUUGCUGUCCCUUUUAUAUACUUUACAAAAUAAAGAAUAUAAUUAUAAUUAAAAAGUUGCAACACUUUUCAGAAAAAGUAUUCUCUACAAUUUGGCUGUUAUAGGGGCUUAAUAGGAUAUAGAAUAAGACUAUCUGGAAUUUAUUAUUGAAUAAAAUUGAG